GCUCCGGGAGCGCGGGGGGGGCGGUGCGAGAGCCAGGGGGGCCCCGGAGAGGGACCGCGACCGGGAGCAGGGCCGGGACCGGGCCGAGGGGCUGCCGGGCGUCCUCCAGAUCACCGGCGCCGGAGCCCCGCGCAGGGCCCGGCCCCCCCCGCCCCGCCGACCCCGGGAGGAGGAGGCGGGUCCCGGCGCCGGGCAGCGCCUCUUCCGCGCCGGCGGAGCGGGAGCCGCGGCGCUCUGGUUCCCUGUGCCGCCGCCAUGUCUCGGAGCCCCCCUGGCAGCUCGGGGGACGAAGAGACCUUUUUCCUGGAGUACCGAUGCCACCCGCUGCGGCCAGAGCCCCCCAGCCCGACCUCCCCCGCUGGGAAGAGCAGCUGUGCCGCGGCGCCCGAUGCCACCUCGCUCUCGGCACUGGGCUCUCCCACCUCGGCUGAGCCGCGCCGCAUCGUCCUCAGCACGGACAGCCCGGCCGCCCUGAAGGUGGGAACCCAGCAGCUGAUCCCCAGAAGCUUGGCCGUCUCCAGCAAGACCAAGAACAGCCCCUCCCGGCACCAGAGCCUUGGGGCGGCCGGGUCCAGCCGGGAGCCCCCGGGCCACGACCCAAAGCGGGCGUCUGUCCCCAGCCUCUCCCCGGAGGAGGAGGUGGAGGAUGAUGGAGGGGGGGCCCUCAAGCGCAACCUGAGGAACAUGUCCUACCGCGCGGCCAUGAAGGGCCCGGGUGCGGAGUUGGAGCCGGCGAACGCCGUCCCCUUGCUGAAACCCGUGUCAGAGGAGGGCAGCGCCCGGCCUGACCGCAGCCCCGGCAGGAACAAGAGAACCUUUGGGCGGAGGCGGGUGCAGAAGCGUGGCGGCUCGUUCAAGGACCAGCCCCGGCUGUACCAGGAAAUCCGUGAGAGAGGUCUGAACUCCGUCAGCCAUGAGUCAGAUGACGAUUUGCUGGACGAGUCCAUCCCAGAAGAGCCGUCCCCACCGGGUGCCACUAUCGUGGUGCAGAGCUACCGCCCGGCGCAGGUGACCUGGAGCCAGCUCCCGGAGGUGCUGGACUCUGGCAUCCUCCAGAAGAUCUCGCCCGAGGAGCGCAAGCGGCAGGAGGCAAUGUUUGAGAUCAUCACUUCUGAGUACUCCUACAUGCACAGCCUGAGUGUCCUGGUGCGCCACUUCAUGCGGUCGGAGGAGCUGAAGGGGACCAUGACUCAGAUGGAGCACCACCACCUCUUCUCCAACAUCAGCGACAUCCUGACGGUCAGCACAAGCUUCUUUGAAGCCCUAGAGAAGCGACACCAGGAAAACCUCCUCAUUCCUGACAUCAGUGACAUCGUGGAAGAACACGCCUCGAACCACUUCACUCCCUACGUCAGCUACUGCUCCAAUGAAGUCUACCAGCAGAGGACUCUCCAGAUGCUGCUAACCACAAACCCCUUAUUUAAAGAGGCCUUGAAACAAAUUGAAAGGAAACCAGAAUGUGGAGGCCUGCCAAUGAUAUCCUUUCUCAUUCUCCCUAUGCAGAGGGUAACGCGGCUUCCCCUGCUGUUAGAUACUGUCUGUCAAAAAACAAAAGCAUGCACUGCAGCGUACGGAGCUGCCACCAGAGCUCUGAAAGCCAUCAGCAAGCUGGUGAAGAACUGCAACGACGGAGCGCGCAGUAUGGAGAGGACAGAGCAGAUGUACACCCUGCAGAAACAGCUGGAAUUUGGAAAAAAGAAGCCUUUCCCGCUGAUCUCUGCGUCCCGCUGGCUGCGGAAGCGGGGGGAGCUGUACCUGCUGCUGUCGGAAGAGGCGGGCAUCUUCCGCCGAGGCGCCGGCAGGCUCUGCUACCUCUUCUUGUUCAAUGACGUCCUGAUCAUCACCAAGAAGAAGAGCGAGGAGAGCUACACUGUCAUGAACUACGCCACGCUGGACCAGGUCACGGUGGAGAAGAUGGAGAACGCCGAGCCGCCUUCCCCCCCGCCCGGCAAGGCGGGGAGCGGUGGCACGGCCCGCGGCGCGGCUGGCGGGCACCUGCUGCGCGUGGUGAUGGAGAGGGACAGCGAGGGCAGGCGGGAGGAGGUCGUGCUGUCGGCGGAGACGCUGAGUGACCGGGCCCGGUGGAUUGCUGCGCUGAUGCACCGAGAAAAGGAAAAGCCGGACACCACUCCUAAAGGAGAGCUGAGCCAAGUGGAGAUCACCCGCGCCUACCUGGCUAAAGAGGCGGACGAGAUUUCCCUGCAGCAGGCGGACGUCGUCCUGGUGCUGGGGGGAGAGGACGGCUGGUGCUGGGGUGAGCGGCUCAGGGACGGCGAGCGGGGCUGGUUUCCCCAGUCCUGCGCUCGGCAGAUCACCAGCCGCACGGCCGUGGAGUGCAACGUCCGACGGAUGGAGCGGCUGCGGAUAGAGACCGACGUGUAGGGUGACAGCCGAGGAGAGAUCCCUCUGCCGUGACUUAUUUCAGGGGUCCUCAAACCUCUGUGGACUGAGCCCAUAGCAAGAAGGGAGCGGCAGCCCCUUUCUUCUUGAAUUUUGUUUGUCUUGAGCAGUCACAGGCGGCAGAUCUUAUCGUUCAGGACCGGUCUUUGUAGUGGCCGUGACAGCAGCUAAUUAAUGUGAGACCUGGCAUCCGAGCGCUCCUGGCCAACGUUAAUGACCUGGAACAGGCUUCAAGAGGCAGCCAAGGUGUUGGCUCAGGCUGAAAAGGCCACGGCCGUGUCCUGGGCUCUGUGAAGUGCCUCCUGCUGCCGUCCCCUUCCCUGCUGACCUCUGGGCCGAUGCCUGGUGCCAGCGGCUCCACACCUUGCGAGGGAAGAGCCGGGGCAUGGGGCGACCAUACCUGAAUCAAGCUAGUUAUUCCUUGACUGAGUUUUUCCCUCCUGUUUCUUUUUUAUUCUUUCAUUUUUUUCUCCCCACCAUUACUCUCGGUUCUUUUGAACACAGCUGUGACCUUGGCAGGGGGAGGUGAUACCUUGCACUCACUUGCCAAAACAUUAGGUGCUGGAGCCGGCGGAGUUGUCCUCGUGGUGUCAGGUCUAGGGCCAGAAAGGGGAUGCUCCGGCCAGAGGGAAGCAGGGCGAGGAGUGACGCUGCGGCCCCCGGCUGCCUCUCCCCUCUCCAGGGGGGCUGUGCCCGGGCAGAAGGUGGGGGGUCACUCCACCGCAGUCAUGGAGGGUCAAACCCCAUCCUUCCCGGGGCAGAGUGGUCCCUUCUCCUGCCCUUCUCCCCCAGAAUUAGCACCCACAGGUGAUUAACGAAGAGGCCUGCGGCAGGGUCGUUGCUUUGUCGUGGCUGAGCCGUUCACAGCUGGGUUUUUCCCCAGCCAGAUGUUUAAUGCC